AUUGUAACAUCUUAAAAGCUUUUGAACUGUCUUUUUAUGUAGGUUUUUACGUAGGUAUGUUAUACUUUGGACCAAAUUCCAAAGUACGUAUGUGUUAAAAUAAAUGUUAAUAAGAACUAUGACUUCAUAAAAGCUACAAUUAAAUCUGUUUGCAUUUUAAUAUCAGUAUUAAGAUGCUUUCACGUUCGUUGGUUACCAUUAUAAAUAAAGCUGAGUUUAUAGCGAAUUAUUAUUGAAAAGAUCGCGAUCUGAAAUUGCUGAGGUCACCCGUCUUGUUAUUGGAGGUAAUUCCGACCAGUUACCAUUUGUUGGCGGUAGUGGACCAAUUCAGUUUUUUUUUUUUUUUUGCCAUUAAACAGGAAAAAGAAUAGAUUUGUAUGAUGUCACUUCCGUUCCGCGAAACUCAACUUUUGGCGCUCUGCGACACCGGUUUUUGGAGACAACGCGUCGUUGAACAUGGACCGAACAUCGUUUUGACUUUUGUAACUGAAACAAUCGUUAUCUCCACGGUGCCGUCGGUAACAUUAUUAUUGUAAAAGGUUUUAUAUACUUCAAUCAGCGACAACAUGAACAGGGGCAACCAGAAGAACAACAAGGGGAUUCUGGGAGGACAGAGUAACAUCUCGUCGUUCUUUUCUCAGAAACCUAAGACUGAGCCUCAAAUCAAAGAUUGUGCAUCUGCUCCAGUGAAACGCCACACUCCCUUGAAGGCGACCAUCCAUGAGAACCUUGAAAACCUGCCACCCUCGCCAGAUCUUCUGUCUGUUCCGGAGACACCCAACAGUCAGAUUAGACCUUACGAAUCCUCACCCUGUCGGGUAGCAGAUGGACGGACUCCUCUGUCCAGUAAGAAAUCCUCUUCCUUCUGUCUCAGCUCCGGCUCCAAGGGGUCGAGUGUCCUGAGGACCAAGAAGCCAGAGGGUUGUUCCGCCUCCAUAAAAAGACUCUUCAGUCCUCCUGAAGGGUCUCACAACGCAAAGAGACCUAGAACUGUGCUGGGAACUGCAGUUUCCACCCUUAAUUUAACAGUGUCCAAGAAUGAUGAGUCAGAGAUCAGGUCUGAGAAGUCAAGAGGAGGAAAUACAGCAGAAACUAUCUCAGCUGCACCACGUGAAGUGUUGGACAUAAACCACAAACAGUCUAUAAGAACUGCUGUGACAUCACCAAAUGAAAACAAUUCUAAGGGACCGUCAACCAAUCCGGAGCAAACUGAAGGUUUGACUUCAGCAGCUAAUGGAGAAGAAGAUCUGGAUGAGAACUGGUUUGCAGACCUUUUGGAUAAUGAUGGUGAUGAAGGUCGAGUCACCGAGAAAAAACCGAAAAAACCUUGUAGGGUACCUGACAACGUGAUCCUUUCUGGAGGUCUGAACAACCGAUACUGGGUUCUGGAUGUGGAGGAAAAAAGUGGUCACAAAAUACUGACCAUCACUUGCCACAAAUCUCUACAUCCAACUGAAACCUGUCUGCUGAAGGAUGACUGGGUGAUGACGCCCAUCCGCUGUGGUGAUGUGGUUCAUCUGGAGGGCAGCUGUGACGGCGGGUCCUGGGUGGUGGAGAGAGAUCAGGGCUUGCUGGUUUUACAUCCUGAUACCUUGAUCUCAGGGACCAGCAUUUCGAACUCCAUCCGCUGCAUGAGGCGCGCAGUCCUGAGUGAUGUGUUCAAGACUUUUGACGGUGGCUCAAAACAGAUGCUGAACGGCACGAUGGUUCACAACGUGUUUCAGAGGGCAGCUGUGGCAAAAGAUUUUUCUAUGCAGACUUUGUCCAAGCUGGCAGAUGAGGCGCUGUGCAGUCCUCAGUACAUGGGAGACAUGUACAGUCUGGGUGUGAGUCAGGAGGAAAUGAAGCAGGAACUUUAUCAUUAUCUGCCUUCCCUGGAACAAUGGGCUAAAGAAUACCUCAUCUGCCAAAACCCAAAAUCCAUUGGUCUGAAAGCCUCCAGUAAUGGCAGAGGUUCAAGCAGAGACCUGACCUCGACAAGUGUUGCCACGGUAGCAGAGCUGACCGAUAUAGAAGAGAACAUGUGGUCACCAAGGUUCGGUCUGAAAGGGAAAAUUGACGUUGCCGCACAGGUUCAGAUCCAAAGACCUCCAAACAUCAGGCAUCAGAGAACCUUAGAGAAAAGGACUUUACCACUGGAACUAAAAACUGGACGAGAGACUAACUCGAUAGAGCAUCGCAGUCAGGUGAUUCUCUACACUCUGAUGGCCAAAGAAAGAUACAACCCUGAGGCCGGCCUCCUUCUGUACCUGAAAACUGGAAACAUACACUCAGUUAUACCCAGUCACAUGGACUACAGAGAGCUGCUGAAACUGAGGAACACUUUAGUUCAUCACAUUCACACCUGCGUGGACAGAGAAGUGAAGCCGAGCCGCCUGUCCAGACUUCCUGACAUUCUGACCAACAAACAAACCUGCCAGUACUGUCCUCAGAGGAGAAACUGUGCUCUGUAUGAAAGAGCAGUGAAUCCCAGCUCAGCAGACAUAGAACAGGAUGUUGUCCGUGAGUUCUUGGGGCAGGAGACCGGUCACGUGACGUCACCGCAACUGAGCUAUUUCCACCACUGGCUCCUGCUCUGUUGUCUUGAGGCUGCCACCAUGGAGGCGAAGAACGGCCGAAAGCGAGUGUGGCUGCAGACCGUGGAGGAAAGUGAGACGACUGGCAGCUGUGUGGGGAACCUGCAGCUCAGUGGUCCAGUCAGCGUCCAGUCUGGAGGAGUGUUCCUUCAUAGCUUCCAGAAAUGUAGAACAGUGCCAAAGCAGGGACUGGUCCGUGUCGGUCUGGUUCGCGGCGAUCGCAUCGUCGUCAGUGGACAGGAGGGUGGUCUGGUUGGUUUGGCCACAGGUUACGUGUGUGACGUCAGUGGGACAACCAUCAGCUGUACUCUGGACAGAGAUCUGUCCAAGUUGGUUGGUGUUGUGUUUCGUGUGGAUGGUGAUGAAGGUGUGGUGGGCCUCGGCACCCACCUCAACAAUGUGUCCAGACUGAUGGACAACUGUCAGGACAGUGAUCGUCUGAGGUAGCUGGUCGUUGACCUGCGACCUCCAGAGUUUAUCUUCAACCUCAGCACUGUUCUGCCCAGAGAGGCAAAGGACACGGUGGCUAACAUCCUGAAAGGACUCAACAAACCUCAGAAACAGGCCAUGAAGAAGGUGCUCCUCUCUAAAGACUACACACUCAUCGUGGGAAUGCCCGGCACGGGGAAAACCACCACCAUCUGCACCCUGGUUCGCAUCCUUCAUGCCUGUGGGUUCAGUGUCCUGCUGACCAGCUACACCCACUCUGCCGUGGACAACAUCGUGCUGAAGCUGAAGAGGUUCAAGGUCGGGUUUCUGCGUCUGGGACAGGGCCAGAAGGUGCAUCCAGAUAUUCUGCCCUACACGGAGGAGUCUCUCAGGAAAACGGGAGUUCGAUCUCCCUCAGAGCUGGAGCAGCUUUAUAACAAGGAGCUGAUUGUCGGGACCACCUGCAUGGGCAUCAAACAUCCCAUUUUCACCCGCCGGCGGUUUGAUUUCUGCAUCGUAGACGAGGCGUCUCAGAUCAGCCAGCCCAUCUGUCUGGGCCCACUCUUCUACGCAAAGAGAUUUGUUUUAGUUGGAGAUCACCAACAACUGCCUCCGAUCGUACAGAACCACGAAGCCAGGUCAUUGGGAAUGGAUGAGAGUCUGUUUAAAAGACUGGAGCUUCAUAAAGAAGCAGUGGUUCAGCUGAAUGUUCAGUACCGUAUGAACAGGCAGAUUAUGUCUCUCAGUAACUCCCUGAUGUACGAGGGUCGUCUGGAGUGUGGAUCAGAGAGAACGGCCUCGGCUCUGCUCACGCUGCCUUUCCUGACCUCUGUCCAAUCAGAGCUCAGAUCUUACUCUGACAGUCAUCCUCAACAUGAACUAGACUGGAUACAGUCCACGCUGCUACCCAGUAACCCUGUCUGUUUCCUGGACUGCUCAAAGGUGCCUGCACUGGAGUCAGUGGAACAGGGCGGAGUCAGCAAUCACACUGAAGCUGCUAUCAUUCACAAGCUGCUUUCACUGCUCAUUAAGGCUGGAUGUAGGCCUGGUGACGUAGGAGUCAUCGCUCCGUACAGACAGCAGUUGAAGAGCAUCUCGGCUCUGCUGCAGUCAGCUGCCUUCACCGGGGUGGAGGUCAACACGGUGGACAAAUACCAAGGUCGAGACAAAGCUCUGAUUGUGCUUUCUUUUGUCAGGAGCACGCUAGAGGAAGGAACCUUAGGUGAGCUGCUAAAGGACUGGCGUCGACUGAACGUAGCCAUAACCAGAGCCAAACACAAGCUGCUGAUGGUGGGCUCUGCUGCGACGCUGCGGCGCUACGCACCUGUGGAGAAACUCCUCAACCAUCUCCAGCAGGAGAACAUGAUCAUUCAGCUUCCUCCAGCUGCUCACAUGGCGAUACCCAGCAUGCACCUCUGACACAAGCGUCAUCAGGUCAUGACAGUGACUCACCAGGGACAGAGCAACAGUGUUGAGCAGCUUUAGCAGGUCGUUGAAGA